AUGACUUGUUGCUUUGCUUUCGUUUCUGCAGGGAACACCGUUAGCAACUUGAUUUUCAUUCUCCCUCCCAUCUAUGGUGCAAUCCAGAGUUACAAAGAUGGCCUUGAGAAACGCUACAUAAUGGCCUACUUGUGUGUCACAGCUGUGGGCCUGGGCUCCUGGUGCUUCCACAUGACACUGAAGUAUGAAAUGCAGCUGUUGGACGAGCUGCCCAUGAUCUACAGUUGUUGCGUUUUUGUCUACUGCUUGUACGAAUGCUUCAAACACAAGAAAACAAUCAACUACCCUCUUCUCUUUCUACUACUAGCCUACAGCAUUGGCGUCAGCAUA